AUGUCUCAUGUAUCUCUGCUAAAGGUCACGUCUGGGAAAAUUGAGCUUCGCUGUUUACCUAGACUUUUGCUCCUGAACAUGCGGUCCAUGGUAAAGUCUUCUGAAAACCACACCAUAGUGAUGGAAUUCAUUCUCUUGGGACUCACAGAUGACCCAGUGCUGGAGAAGAUCCUGUUUGGGGUGUUUCUGCUGAUCUACCUAAUCACGCUGGCAGGGAACCUGGGCAUGAUCGCGCUGGUCAGGACCACGUCCCACCUCCAGAGCCCCAUGUAUUUCUUCCUGAGCCACCUGUCCUUCGUAGACAUCUGCUACUCCUCCAAUAUCACUCCAAACAUGCUGUCCAACCUCCUCUCAGACCAGAAGACCAUCUCCUAUGCCGGGUGCUUCUCACAGUGUCUUCUCUUCAUCACCCUGGUCAUCACCGAGCUUUACAUGCUUGCUUCCAUGGCAGUGGAUCGCUAUGCAGCCAUUUUCAGCCCAUUACAUUACAGGACCGGAAUGUCCAGGAAACUCUGCAUCUGUCUAGUGACGGACCCUUACGCUUGUGGCUUCCUGAAUGGACUGUCCCAGGCGCUGCUGACCUUCCACGUGUCCUUCUGUGGCUCCCUGGAAAUCAAUCAUUUCUACUGUGCUGACCCUCCCCUGAUGAUGCUGGCCUGCUCCGACGCCCAUGUCAAAAAGAUGGCCAUGUUUGCAGUGGCUGGCUUUACUCUUUGGAGCUCUCUCUUCAUCAUCCUCCUAUCCUACGUUCUCAUCCUUUUGGCCAUCGUGAAGAUCCAUUAUGCUGAAGGCAGACACAAAGCCUUUUCUACCUGUGGUUCCCACUUGGCAACUGUCACCAUGUUUUAUGGGACCCCCUUCUGCAUGUACUUAAGACCCCCAUCUAAGAAGUCUGUAGAAGAGUCCAAAAUAAUCGCUGUCUUUUAUGGUCUUUUGUGUCCAAUGCUGAACCCAUUAAUCUACAGCCUUGGGAACAAAGAUGUGAUCCAUGCCAUGCAGCAAAUGGUGAAGGGCAGUCUCUUUCAUAAAUUUGCCAUGUAG